UCUUGAUCAUGGAAGAUUUCUUGCUGGUCUCGGGUCUCGAAUAGUUAUUCCGUGAUAACUUCAUUACGCUAUUACGCUCGGCGCACGCAAAUAAGAGCAUGCAUAUCUGUUAAAGUGAGACAAAGACAAAGAAUAAAAUAAAAGUGCGGGUAUAUCUGAUUAAUGCCUCAUUCAUUGGCCAUAUUAGUGUGGCGUUUGUGCGGCACUUCGUGAGCUGGUUUAUAAUUAAAGGAUAAAUUUUUAACCCGGGGGUAAUGAGUGUAAACGCCGAGAUCACGGGGGGACCGACCGCGGAGGAUGUCAAAGAGGCGGAAAUAGUCAAAGAAGUGGCGAAUGAAUACUUCAAAAAUCAAGAUUACAAUAAAGCCAUAGAACUGUAUACCAAAGCCAUAGCAUUGAAUCCAACAGUAGCAGUAUACUAUGGAAAUAGAAGUUUUGCAUAUCUCAAAACUGAAUUGUUUGGUUAUGCGUUAAGCGAUGCCUCCCAGGCAAUUGAAUUGGACAGAAAUUAUGUCAAGGGUUACUAUCGACGAGCAGCGGCGCACAUGUCCCUUGGUAAAUUUAAAUUGGCCCUGAAGGAUUUUGAAACAGUAACAAAAGCUCGACCAAACGAUAGAGAUGCUAAGAUGAAAUAUCAGGAGUGCAACAAGAUAGUGAAAAAACUAGCUUUUGAAAAAGCUAUAUGCAUCGAAGAUAAUAAAAAGAAUAUUGCAGACACAAUCAACCUAGAUGCAAUGACCAUUGAAAACGAAUACAUCGGACCGGAGCUCGAAGAUGGGAAAGUAACAGUGCAGUUCAUGAAAGAUUUGCUUCAAUGGUAUGAGGAUCAACAAAAAUUGCAUAGAAAAUAUGCAUACAAAAUUUUGCUCGACGUCAAAACAUGGUUUAUGGCUCAGCCCAGCUUAGUCAACAUCGAAGUACCAGAGGACAAAGAAUUCACCAUUUGCGGCGAUAUACAUGGCCAGUUCUAUGAUUUACUCAACAUAUUCAAGCUCAACGGAUUGCCGUCGGAGACUAAUCCUUAUCUUUUCAAUGGAGAUUUCGUUGAUCGAGGCUCCUUUUCAGUAGAAUGUAUAUUUACGUUGUUUGGUUUCAAGUUGUUAUACCCCGAUCAUUUCUUCAUGUCGAGAGGUAACCACGAGUCGGCAACAAUGAAUCACAUGUACGGUUUCGACGGAGAAGUUAAAUCGAAAUACACCGCUCAAAUGGCAGAGCUAUUCACCGAAGUUUACAACUGGUUACCGCUAGCUCAUUGUAUUAACCGGCGUGUCCUUGUGAUGCACGGAGGAUUGUUUUCGAGGGACGAUGUGACACUGGAUGAGAUACGUGAUAUCGAUAGAAACAGGCAACCACCGUACGAAGGUGUAAUGUGCGAGCUUUUGUGGUCGGAUCCUCAACCGCAGCCAGGCAGAGCACCGAGUAAGCGAGGCGUUGGCGUCCAGUUCGGCCCGGAUGUGACGCAAGCUUUUCUCAAGCUCAAUGACCUGGAUUAUGUGGUGAGAAGUCAUGAAGUAAAAAACGACGGUUACGAGGUCGGUCACGAUGGCAAAUGUAUCACCGUAUUUUCGGCUCCAAAUUACUGCGAUACCAUGGGUAACCGAGGUGCCUUCAUUAGACUCAAUGGCAAAGACAUGAUACCCAAUUUCACAACGUACGAAGCAGUUCCCCAUCCGAACAUAAGGCCAAUGGCGUAUGCGAAUUCUCUACUUAAGUUCGUGUGCUAGUGGUAACACUUUAGAGAUAAUAAUUGAUUAAAUAAUAAAAUCAUAAGGAAGCGAGGAGCAAAAGAUAAAUAAAUAAUUAAUUGAAAGCGUGAUGAUUAACGAUAAUGCGAAGAACUCACAUUAACAGUCACAUUAUUAGUCACAUUAACAGAAGUACAAUAUUGCAAGACGAAAAGAAGGGAGCAUCGCUUGAAAACUUUCUUCGUAAUGAUGAUCAUCUGAGUUAUCAUAAGAAGAUGAGAAUAAAUACGAGACUUUCGAUCCGAAUAAUAAAAUAUAUAGUCGGGG